AUGGCCUCCACAUCGUACGUGAACAAUCCCAACGGGAACUGCCGCCUGUGCCAGGACAAAGACAGUGCGGACGAAUGGAUGGUCGAAUGCACGAAAUGUUGGAAUUGGUUCCACAUGGCAUGCGCCAAACUUGAAAAAAGAUCAACGGUAAAGGAAUCUUGGCACUGUCCAAAGUGUACGGAAGAAAUAAAGGAAAUCCAGCUUCUGAAGAAGGAGCUGGAAGAAUAUAAACGGACAACCACGAGAAGUAAGUCCAAAGAACGCAGCCAAGUUGAUACGGUUGAACUGCUACGGCGUCAAUUUGAGGCGCAGCUGGAAAGCCAAAAGAUACGUGACGAGGCUUUCCAAAAAACCAUGCUUGAAAUGGCAAACAAAAUUCAUCAAAUUAAAAACGAUCCCGAAAUUGUUAGCACUUCUACGGCUUCCACAAUAAAACUACCAGAUGAAAUUACAAACCUACUAAGAAGACAAACAUCAACGCAGCUUCCACAAUUCAACGGUAAUUAUAAGUAUUGGUCAAAUUUUAAACGACUUUAUGAACAAAGUAAACAAGAAGGACAAUUCAGUUAUAUGGAAUAG